AUGUCCACAAGUAUCCCUGUACACUGGCAAAGGAGUCUUGUACGACUCAUACGGCCCAACCGUCUCGAUCGUCGUAUGCACUUUGAAACCACGGCACUCGACCUUCUCGUCGAUGCGCGAACCCGCGUACUGCGCGACGACUUGGUGGACGUAGACGUUGAAACCGCAGUUGUUGUGGAGCACGGCGCCGAUGAAGUCUUCGCGGGGAGAGAGCGUGGAAGUGGCUGCGGAAGAGGCGGCGCUGGCGAUGGGGUUUGCUGCAGCGAGCAGGGCGAAGAGGACUUGUGGGCGUGA